AUGAAUGUAGAUGUUAAUAGCAGUCACCAGAGUCCACAGGCUGCUGUAUCAUCCGAGAGUGAUGAGUUUAACCUGAGGGCAAUCGCAUCUCGGUUGAGGGGAAAUGUGGCUUAUUUAUAUUGUUCCUCUUGGAUUUCAGUUGGUGCUGAAUCGCAAAAUGACAGCUCUUCAGCCAAUGAGAUUGAUGAAGACAUUGCAGUGACCCAGAGCCAGAGAAAUUUCAUUUGCCCCAUUACACAGAGGGAAAUGGAAUGUCCUGUGAAGAAUAAAGUUUGUGGUCACAGCUAUGAAGAGGAAGCCAUAAUAAAAAUAAUUCAGAACAAGCACAAACAGAAGAAGAAAGCCAGGUGCCCUGUUGUUGGAUGUGAUAAUGGAGAUAUGAACCAGUGUGAUCUUUCAAUGGACACAGCUCUGAGAAGAGCUAUUGAAAAUCAUAAAAAACAUCAAGUGCGAUGAUUAUGUAUCACAUAUUCAAUGGGCGAUUGUGUCGAAGAAGGUGUCAGAUCCAAAUACUUGGAAGGAUAUCUUGUGGAAGGAUAGAGUUCUGGUUAAUCACUGAUAAUUAUAUAAUUUGAUUAAGAUUGAUGUUGAGUUUCAUUUCAAUUCUGUGUGAUCGGUUUUGAUGAUAACAUACGUGUACAAUGUUUAAAGUAGAAAAUGAAGUUGAAGAUACGAACAGAAAUCCUUAUUCCAACCUAAACAUCAGUUGCCCCACUGAAACAUAUUUAGGGAAAAUUGAAAGUAAUAUUUUAAAAUUAAAUAUUUAACUUUCUCGGGGAACAGUAUUGAACUGUAUAGCAAAGGAUUUCUUGCCAAAAUUUAUAAGGUUUCAUUUUGUAAUUUCUGCAUCCUCCUUACAAUGCAAAUAAUGCUUUGAUGUCAGUGAUACACAACACAAAGCUCCCUAAGUAUAUUGUUAUCAUUUAUCACCACUGCUGCUUUGGGAUUUCCCUUUGUAACUAUAUUCCUUGUUUCAUACAUCUAAAAUAAAGUUGGCUUGUUUUCUAGUUUUCCUGUUUAAGUUAGGUCCAGAAAAUCAGAUACUGCAAGCAAAGCAUGUUGCAAUACAAUGCAAAUGAUCAAUAAUGGUGAGUAGUUGAUAGCACAUAUUCAGUAAUGCUAAGGUUUGGGACCAUGGAAAUCAGCUAAAAGGAUUUUGAGGCACUCUACACGAAGAUUCAUGUUCAUCCCCUAACCAGAAAUUCUCUUAAUUUGAUAGUUCUUUCAUUCACCAAAAGUAAUAGAAUCUUCAGUGCUCAUCUGAGCCACGGUUACAGACAAGAAGGACUUAAUGUUUGAAGAGCAAUGACUUUGACACUCUCAGAACUGCAUUGAAGGGUUAGGCUAAGUUAUGUAAUUAAGCUUUGGAGUGAAGCUAUGCCAAUCAGCCUACUGGAUGAAAAAGAAAAUUGAUGCCAACUGACUUCAACCUAGCAAAAUGGCAAUUUUUUGCAGGCAGCUCUUGCUUGUUUUUAAAUUGAAGCUGUUUGAAAAUUGACUUCUAAAUGUUUCUCUGUGUUUCACUCCAGUUUUUUUUUCACCCCUCAAUUGAAGAUGGCAACUUAAAGCCAUAGAAUGAUGCAGUGCAAAGAGUGCCUGUUCUCCCCACUGUGCCUGUGCUGACUGUUUGCAACAGACAUCCAAUUAGUUCCAUUCCUCUCUCAUUACUCCACAGCCCCGUAAAUAUUGUAGCGCACACUUACUUAGUAUGGUGGCAGAUUUUGCACAUCUAGUCAAAAUACUUUUCUUCAUGGAGUUGUCGAGACAACAGUCAAUGGUUUACAGACUAUUCAAAUGUAAUCUGUCACAACUGAUUCGGAUCUUGUGCACCCAUAUCCUGCCAUGAAAUUGCUGGAAUUGUGCUUAGUUACCGAACCCUGACCCUUUUGGCUCAAAAUGGCUAAUUCUCAGUCUGAGAAGUUGGUACUGUUCUGAUCUGUAUCGUAAUAUUUAUUGUAUUUAUGCACACAGUUAUCAGAGAGAAGUAAUAAUACUUCUUGGAUACUACAUUCUUUCAUUCUUCUUAAUAUUUCUGUUUGAAAACAUUUCAAAUAAAGAGAAAAUGACUUUCA